UCUGGGGCAUCGUAACCGAAUCACAACAAGCAAAGUCCAGUCUUGUGUCUUCGCCGCAUUUUCUGGUGACCUCCUUGGCCAUGUGUUACGGUCAGCAGCGAUCUUUUCCCGGCGACGAAAGCCAAACCCCUUCCCGCACCGCCCGAUCGGCGGCGGCCGACAACGCGGCCGUGGUCGAGAAUCUGCGCGGCCGGCUGGCGGAGACGGAGGAGCGGCUGGCGCGAGCCAGGGCUCGGGAGGCCGAGCUGAGCCGCCGCCUCGAGGAGAUGAAGCGCUUCGUCUCCGUCAUGGAGAUCCUCGAGACCUACCUCAAGCGCCGCUUUCGCGAGCAACAAGAAGAUGUCGCUCGCCUCUUCUCUCCGCUCACGCAUUCAUAGAACAGCCACGCCAUUCCCGGAUGAUGGAAGGGUAAGUUUGAUGGUGGGAUCUCACCGGCAGCCUAUGAAAGAUAACUUUCUUCAAGUGUCAUUGUAAAAAUGUUUUGAGGCAGCAUUUGUUUUGUAAUUGUCAGACAAAGCAUUAGAUUCUAUGCACUUCGAAUAUUAGAUAACUCCAGACCACACCACUGAAAGUUGAAAGGUGAGAGGGCACAUGUAUUACACACACGUGACAUCUUCCCUUAUGAUGUCGCAGAGUUCAAAAAAAGCUUCAUUUUUCUACUCUUUCUCUUCAGACUUUACCUUUUC